CAGGUAUCGCAUGAGGCGACAACUUUUUUUGAGUAUUAUGCUUAGAUUAGGUGAAUACUCUCCGUAUUUCACCCAAAGAGAAGAUGCUCUGGGUCGACUCGGGCUCUCUCCCCUACAAAAGUGCACCGCAGCUCUGCGCUUGUUAGCCUAUGGAUCCGCUGCAGAUUCGAUAGAUGAGUACUUAAAGCUAGCUAGAUCAACUGCAUUAGAGUGUCUAGAGAAGUUUUGUGAGGGUAUCAUUCAUUGUUAUGAGGAGGAGUUCUGUCGUCGACCAAAUGUCGCGGAUAUUCAGCGUCUACUAGCAAAAGCAGAAGAGCGUGGCUUUCCAGGCAUGCUAGGAAGUAUCGAUUGUAUGCAUUGGCAGUGGAGGAAUUGUCCGGUCGCCCAUGCCGGUCAAUUCACAAGGGGGGAUAUCAAACAUCCCACCAUCAUCUUAGAAGCUGUUGCAUCGUAUGAUCGGUGGAUCUGGCAUGCUUUUUUUGGGGUGGCCGGGUCCAACAAUGACAUUAACGUACUGAAUCAGUCGCCAUUAUUCAAGGAUGUCCUUCAAGGUCAAGCACCCAUAGUGAACUUCAUGGUUAAUGGACAUGAACACAAUAUGGGAUACUAUCUUGCCGACGGCAUCUACCCUUCCUGGCCGGUGUUCAUCAAGGGUAUUCCGCUUCCACAAAGUGAGAAACAUCAGUUAUUCACAAAUGCUCAAGCAGCAUGGCGCAAAGAUGUUGAGUGCGCUUUUGGAGUGUUGAAAUCUCGGUUCAACAUUAUAGCAGUUCCUGGACGUUCUUACUCUCAACGUACUCUUGGUUUGAUCAUGCGUGCAUGUGUCAUUUUGCACAAUAUGAUCAUCGAUGACGAGCGUGAUGCCGAUUUAGACGAGACAUAUGAGACAGUUGAUUCUACAGUCGGCCCGUCGAUCUACUACAAUGCAACCCCGAGCCUAGCAGCUAGGAUUCAAAUGGACAACGAGAUGACGGAUACAUCGAUGUAUACACAACUACUAAAUGAUUUGGUUGAACAUGUAUGGGGACAUAAUAAUCAUUAG